AUGUCUGAAAAAUCAAUAAUUACUUACAAGCCACUUUCUCGACAUGAUCAAGAAAACAAAAACUUUAAUCUACCACUGAUAUUCGGAUCGAACAUUGUUGGGAAAUUUCUUUAUACUGUGGAAAUUAAAUGUUCACCACCAUCAGGUGUUGAAAAUGAUAAGAAUAAAAACGACAAGCCUGGGAAGAAACAAGUGACCUUUUGUGAUCUAGUUACGAUGGGCGAAACAUAUUCUAAUUACAAUAGAAAAACAAAUAUUUCUGGAAAUCAGGAAAAUAAAAAUAUAAAGGUUUGGUUUGAGGGUCAAACGCGUAGAAACACACAUCUUAAUAAAAAAGUUUAUAAGAAUAAAAGAUUCUGGAGAACGUGCUAUUAUGUAUCAUCAUCACCAAUUAUAAAAGACGUGAAUUCAUAUUUGAUCCCACGUGGUCCUCAACAAAAUCCAUUAACAGGAUGUGCAAAAAUCAAUGCUGACUAUCUUCAAUUUAAAGCCAAAAUAAUAAUUAAUUACGAAGAUGUUAAAAAUUGUUACGAAAGUCUUCCUUAUAAUAAUGAUAUUGCUGUUUCGACCAUCGAAACUAUAAAAUCAACACUAACCCAAUUUUAUAUAUUCUUGGACCAAUCAAAAGAAAAUCCACAACCUGGUUUCACAUUUACAAAACAGGAUAUUAUAGCUGAACUAGACGCACUGUUGCAAAAAUCAUAUACUUCAGAUUUUCAAUUUUCUACAGAUUUACAAAACCUCAUUAGUCCAUUAAAGGACGGACAUCUGAGCAUACAGAGUGAAUGUUAUAGUAUAUUCGCAUUCGAUCAAAAAUUGUCAUUAUAUUCUAGUGUAAAACAAGACGGAACUCAGAUAAUUCAAAUAUUUGAUGAUUCAAUAGACCCAACUAAUAUAGAUUGUGAAGUCACACAGAUCGAUAAUCAACCUGCACUUCAAUUUAUAAUUGAUUAUGCAACAACGGAAAUUAAUGGUUCCAAGGAUUUAGGUGUCAGGUUUAAUCUGGCAUUAGCUUCUUUAAGCUUACUCAAUGCUAAAGCGGCUCCUGCAAUUAGCAGUGAACAAUUCACAAGACGUUUCGGAUUACCCAAGAAUGCAAAUUACACUUAUACCUUACAAUGUUCAAAUGCCACCGAUCCCACUGCUCCCGUCAUCACUAAAACAAUUACUCGUAAUUGGGUCGUGCAAGCCUCUAAGCCUGAUUUGGAUAGUGGCGGAUUAAAUGAUACUAAAACUUUUUUUGAAACUUUCUGUUUAAAAGAUCCAAAAUUGGUGAACGCACCAAAAAGUCCAAGUUUCAUCGAAGAAUUAGAAUCUUCAAUGGACGAUCUUUAUGAAAUAGAUCUUAUGUUUGAUCAAAAAGUUACUCAAGGUGUAUUGAUAUUUGAUGCUGCCGUCUUAAAGUUUUAUUUGUUACCUAAUAAUAUAGGUGUUGCAGUUAUUGGUAGGUUUAGUCCUUUAGAUAAAAAGUCGCCUUUAAUUUUAUUUGAUUCAUUGAUGAAAGGUUUUCAACUAUUAAGCACAAAUGUAUAUGGAUAUCCUGUUGAUAUGAAAUUAACCGAAUUAACACUACUUGCGAUUAAAACAGCAGCAGCAGCAGCUUCUAAUAGUUCAACAGUUUUCGAUCCACGGAACUACGUUGAUGCUAAAACAUUGUAUGAAUUAAAAACUGCAGAUGAUUUAAUUGGCAACAACUUCAAAACACGUGGUGGGGUGACAAGUAGAUAUACGAACAAAUUCUUCGCUUCCGACUCGCAAAUACUUAAAGAGUUAUUAGGAAAUAAUACGAACCCUCUUCCCUGGAAAUCUACAGAUUAUGUCAUUCUUUCAAACGGAUUUUGUGGUUCUUCAUGUGCAAAUGUAGCGCAAAUACUUGAAGAACUGUGGAAUGUUACUACGGUUGCUGUCGGGGGAUUGUAUGGAACACCAUUAUCAUAUGCAUCAUUUGCUGGUGGUCAAGUAACAAACCUUGAAGCAAUGUUAUAUGAUUUACAAACUUUGGGCAUUACUUCAGCAAACAAUAAACUAGUACCAAAGGGUUUUUUGACUAAGACAAACAUUGGUUUUCCAUAUAAAGAAGUUUAUAGUUAUAAAGGAGAAGGUGAAAUAGUGAUGGAAUAUGAUUUUAGACCUGCAAAAUAUAGAAUUUAUUAUGAUGCCGAAAGUAUCAGAGAUCCAAGUAAAUUAUGGCUACAAGCUGUCGUGUCACUUUCUAGAAAAGCUUUACAAGUUGGAGAAAAUUUAUGUUCCAAAGCUGACAAUCUUGUUAAAGAAUGUAGAACCGAUGUAGAAAAUAUCGAACAAUUAUAUCCUAAACUUAAAUUUAUAUGGAAUGAAUUGGUGGUUCAACUUAAGAAUAAAGAACAGGAAUUAAUAAUGAUUGUCGAAGAGUUGGAACACACAUUAGAACAACUUCGUGGUAAACAGGUUGAUUCAGCAAUCCGAGAGAAUGCAAUAUUAAUGGAAAAUCAAGCAUUUAUACGUGACAAUAAUAGCAGUGGUGGCAUUGGUAGUAUUGUUCUUGAUGUAAUAGGUGAAAAAGAUAUUAAUAAUAAUUUAAAUCAAAAAAAAAGAAUGACAUUAUAUGAAUAUAUAGACGAGCAAGGUGUGCAUGAACUAAAAACGAAGACACAAGAUGAAGUUUCAACCAUCCAGCAAUUCUUUAAUAGUAGUAAGUCAAUACUUGAUGAAAUAAGUACACAACUUGAACGAUUGCGUGAAAUGUAUGAAAGCAAUACAAUUUCACUUGAAGAAUCUGGUGUGGAAUUUUCAUAUGAGAAAAGUAAUAUUCAAGAACGAGAAACUCAUUCCAUGGCCGAGACAUUAGUUUCCAUAGCAAGGCAUUAUGAUCAAGAUACAGAUGAAUUACCAACGAUAUUGGAUGAUCUUCAAGAAGGACUUCAAAUGAUAGAAUCAACCAGAAAUCAAAUAUAUCAAUCAUCAUAUGAAGAAGCAUUAAAAUUAUUUAGUGAAUUAGAGAAAUUUACAACAAAAAUGGAAAAUCUUUCCAAUAAAAUGAAAGAACUCGAGGAAAAACCAAUUAAAUAUGAGGUUAUUUCUCAAGACACAAAAUUACCAAUGUUAUCUAGUAAAACAUUAACAGAGGCCGGAGUGCCCGAGUGGUCCAAGGGGCUAGACUUAAGAUCUAGUAUGCGGAAGCAUGCUAAUCAAUUACCACAACCACUACAACAACAAGAGCUUAUUCAUCCGUUAUUAUAUAUCAAUGAUCAGUUAAAUGAUCAAUUAAUAAAUGUAAAAGAAGAAGAGUCUCUGUCAUUAUUUAAACCAGGUAAACACUGCAAACCACGUCAUCCACCAUCACACCGCAAAAGUCAUCGUGCCUACGCAUUAUUUACCAAUCCACCCGAUGUAAUAAAAGGUGCUUUGUUGUUUUGGGAAACCUUGGAAAACGGUACAUUUGUUGUUGGGCAAUUUAGUGAAGGUUUCUUGAAAGGAGAAGAGGAAGAUUACACAUUUAAAAUUUAUCAAUCCAGUAAUGAGAUAUUUGAUUUGAAACCGAAAAACGAAUCAUUCGAUAAAAUUUUUAAAGUUAGAUCUAACAAUAGUACCGAUUCAUUUCUCUUUAAUGUUAAUGAAACUUUGAUAACUAGUGGAGAUAUUGUUGGUUCUGAUUUGGUUAUUGGUAAACCUGGAGCUUUACUUGGAAAAAGCAAAAUUCAUUCUUUGCCACUUUAA